AUGAACUGGAGGGUCAUUGAGGUCACUUAUUUCCUGUUUAUAUGGGACCAUAUUACAGUUCAGUCUUCCCGCCAAGACCCCUCGGCCAAUGAGCAGCAUGUCACCAAACAAUUUGAUUGGCUCAUCUCCGAUCGUGGCCCCUUCCACCAUUCACGGGGCUACCUCUCCUUCAUGGAGCGAUUCCGCCAAGGAUUCACAACCCGAUAUAAAAUUUAUAGGGAGUUUGCACGUUGGAAGGUGAGGAACACAGCCAUAGAGAGGAGGGACUUGAUCCGGAACCCCGUCCCCCUCAUGCCGGAGUUCCAGCGGAGCGUGCGGAUGCUCGGCAGACGCCCUUCUACUCAACAGUUCAUAGACACCAUCAUAAAGAAAUAUGGCACUCACAUUCUCAUCUCUGCCACUUUGGGAGGCGAGGAGGCUUUGACCAUGUACAUGGCGAAGAACAAAUUGGAUCGUAAGAUGGUCAACGCCACCCAAGGGGUGGAGGCUCUCCAUCAGCUGGCAUCGUCCUACUUCAUCGACCGAGACGGGACCAUGCGGAAGCUCCACGAGAUUCAGAUUUCCACCAAUGCUAUCAAGGUGACAGAAACACGUACAGGUCCACUAGGGUGCAGUACCUACGAUAAUCUGGACUCCGUCAGCUCCGUCCUCCUGCAAAGCCCAGAGAGUAAACUACACUUACAAGGCCUACAGGUCAUUUUCCCAGAAUACCUACAGGAGAAGUUUGUCCAAUCAGCUCUCAGCUACAUCAUGUGCAACGGGGAGGGCGAGUAUGUUUGUCGUAACAGUCAGUGCAUCUGCCAAUGUGCCGAAGAGUUCCCACAAUGCAACUGUCCCACCACCGACCUGCAGAUCAUGGAGAACACCCUGCUGGGAAUGGUAGAGACCUGGGCAGCCUCUUACAAGGACUUUGAAAACUCAGAUGAGUUCAAGUCUUUCUUGAAGAGGUUGCCCUCCACACAUUUCUUGCCUGUUAGCAGCGUGCACCUGCUGUGGGGUAGCGACUGGGACCUGCAGGCACGUUACCGCCUGCUCCAGAGCUCUCUGGAGGCCCAGAGGCUAAAGAUCCAACGUACGGCACGGAAACUUUUCAGCCUGAGUGUCCGUUGCCAUCACAACCCCAAUCACCAGAUGCCAAGAGAGAGAUCCGUGCUUCAGUGGCUGAACCGAGUGCAGUCUUACCUCUACUGCAAUGAGAAUGGAUUCUGGGGUACUUUCCUGGAGAGCCAGCGCACAUGCGUUUGCCACACGGGCGGCACUCUCUGUCAGCGUCCCAUUCCCUGUGUGAUUGGCGGUAACAACAGCUGCGCUAUGUGCAGCCUGGCCAAUAUUUCACAGUGCGGAUCCUGCAACAAGGGCUACAAGCUGUACCGCGGGCGCUGCGAGCCCCAGAACGUCGACUCAGAACGCAGCGAACAGUUCAUCAGCUUCGAGACGGACCUGGACUUCCAGGACCUGGAGCUGAAGUACCUGUUGCAGAAGAUGGACUCGCGCCUCUACAUCCACACCACCUUCAUCAGCAACGAGGUUCGCCUGGAGACCUUCUUCGACCCUCGUUGGCGAAAACGGAUGUCACUGACACUGAAGAGCAACAAGAACCGCAUGGACUACCUGCACAUGAUCGUGGGACUUUCCAUGAAGAUCUGCCAAAUGCGAAACAGCAGCGUGGACCCCAUGUUCUUCGUGUACGUCAACCCAUUCAGCGGGAGUCAUUCAGAGGGUUGGAGUAUGCCUUUCGGCGAGCACGGCUACCCACGCUGGGAGAAGGUGCGUCUGCAGAACUCGCAGUGUUUCAACUGGACACUGCUGCUUGGGAACCGCUGGAAAACCUUCUUCGAGACAGUUCACAUAUACUUGCGCAGCCGUGCCAAGGUGCCGACGGGCCUGCGUAACGACACGGGCCAGGGCCCAGUGGACCUGUCCGACCCCAACAAACGGCAGAUCUACAUCAAGAUCUCCGACAUCCAGGUGUUUGGUUACAGCCUUCGCUUCAACGCAGACCUGCUACGCAGUGCCGUGCAGCAGGUGAACCAGUCGUACACGCAAGGCUCGCAGUUCUAUUCAUCCUCAUCCAUCAUGCUCCUUUUGUUGGAUAUCCGGGAGCGAAUCAAUCGCCUGGCCCCUCCAGUGGCCCCUGGGAAACCCCAGCUGGACCUGUUCUCGUGUAUGCUAAAGCACCGGCUGAAACUCAACAACAGUGAAAUGAUUCGUGUCAACCAUGCCCUUGACAUGUACAACACAGAGAUUUUGAAACAGUCGGACCACCUGACUACCAAACUUUGCUGA